AUGGAGUCUACUCCAAGACUCAAUGCUACCACGAAUGAUAACCACGACAGCCUAUCUGAGUCUCGACUUCGCCCCCUCUUUGCCACUCUCUGUGGCCUCAUCCUACUGGUUGGGUUGCUGGCCAAUGGGCUGAUGCUGAUUAUCUUGGGCAGGGGCACUGGCUUGAGGCACCAGGCCCCUUGCCCGCUCCUGGCUCUGACCAAUAGCCUCAUGGUGAACAUCACUCUAUCAGAUCUCGUCUUCCUGGUUUACGUGGUCCCCGUUUUGCUGCUGACCUUCCUCCAGGAGGACUGGUGGCUGGGCUCCUCCAUCUGUACCACCAGCCAGAGCUUCAACAUGGGCACCAUGUUUUGCACCUUCUACAGCAUGGUGGCCACUGCGCUCCUACGCCAUGCCGCUGUGGCCUUCCCCACCAUAGCCUUCCCAGCUGGCAGAGGGGCUCAGCUAUUGCUCUGCUUGACCAUGUGGAUCCUGGGUUUCUCCGUGUCUCUGCCCAACUGGCUGUACCAGAAAGUGGUGGAAGAGGGCAAGGAAGAUGGGGAGGAGGUGGCUGGGGGACCAGGAUCCAAGCUCAUCCAUUCGUGCCUGAUGCUCCUGGGUCCCACCCAGAUCUCCUGCUAUUUCACCCUCCUCGGGGCUCUGGCCUUCCUGCCCUUCGCCCUGAUGCUGGUGCUCAGUUUCACUCACCUGGGCUGGCUCUUGUGGAGUGGGGAGUGGACCCAGGUCCCACUGGACAUCCGACAGCACCGAGAAUCCACAGGCCUCAUCCUAGUGGUAUUAGUUGUUUUCGUAGUCAUGUGGGGGCCCUGUUCUGUGCUGGGUUACGUGGCUGCCUCAGGAGACCUGCCUGAUACCUUCACCAUCUUUGUGGCUACCAGCCUCUGCACCAUUCUAGCCUAUUCCAACUGUGCCGUCAGCCCGAUUCUCUGUUUCUGCCUGUCAAGACAGUUCCGGGCAGGGCUCAAGGACCUCUUCUGCUGCUCAACCCUGGAAACGGUAGUCUUAAGACAUGGUGGGUUAGUGCAGGCUGUCUAG